UGCUUAUUCAGUCGCGAGUCGACUGUCGAGCGAGUUAUAGCAUUUGGAUUCUUCUCUCAGGUUCGCUGUUUGUUUGCGCGCGGGGCUCUUUUUUGGCAACUUGACAACUCGCCGAUGAUAGUACGAUAUCAAUCGCGAUUCCGAAUUCGAUUAAGCUUAGAUUACGUAUCCGGCCCGUGGGCUUUAGUAUUCUUUUGUUCCGAAGUGAUCGUGGUGCGGCGCGAGUGUUCUUGCUAACUUUGAGGCCAACCUUCGCAAACGCCAGAAGGCAAAAAGCCGAAACGCCGAAAAGCCAAAUAACCAAAAAGCCACAAAGCAGCCAGCAACGCUGCAGCCAGCAAAUCGUCCAAAAAGAAAGCCAAGCCGACCCAGAAUGCCAAAGGUGACUAAGUUAAUGGUGCAGCGGCUCGAAAGUGAUUGCAUUCAGGGCGUUUCAACUAAAACGAUGUGUGAAGUUUAAAACUGCUCAACGAACAUUGGCGAUUUGUGGAGAUUAAAUCCGAAAUUAUGUACAAAGCUCUAUAGUAGUAGCAUGUAGAUACACUAUCUUAGUUUAUCUAUUAUAUAUCUUAGUUUAUCUCAGCACACAGAUGCUGCCGCGUUAGUUAGUCCGUGUACGAACGAACGAGCCGUUACUUAAUUUUUUCGGCGGGUGCGUUGCUCACGGCUACGGAACGGAACGACACGAUACUGUCGCAUUUCAAUUAACAAAAUAAGCAAAGAGCCAAAGAGCCAACACACAGAUACACACGCAUACGCAUACGCACGCGCCUACGAAUACAUACAAACGUAGGAAAUAAACGCACACGCACACUGAGUGGAUUGUGAAUCGAUUUCGCGCGCAUUUUUGCACGUGCCACCAGCGCCAUCGCCAUCGCCACCGGAUAACAGAUCAGUGACGAUAGUGGUGGCACAGACUUUUAAAUGGAACUUCCGGAUCCGCUCUGUCCCGUCAUGUCCCUGCCGCAGUCCCACGCCACACCCACGGAGGGCGCCAAGGAGGCCAAGGAGGCUUUAUCCGAAGCCGAAACCGAGGCAGAGGGAGAUCGACUGCUGGACAAUUACUACCCUGCCCCCUACGCCAGUGCCACUGCCACAUUGCGCUCGACGGCGUCCGGCCGAAGCAAUCUAACCAGCAGCACGAUAGUCUGCGAAUCCCCCGGGGCUGUUGGGGAGGCGGAUGACGGCUACUUCGACGGCAGCGAAGAUGGCAACGAAUGCUGCCGACGGUCGGCAAACGACCUUGACGAUACCGUGCUGCGGUACUCCCUCAAAGGCCCGCCCCCCGAGCUCUACUCACCCAAGAAGGAGUUCAUCUCCAAGGGACCGAUAGCGGAUAGACAGCACGUGCUGAAGAAAAGGUGUGAAUGGUGGUUCUACAACAAGUGCCGCCACAAGAUGUCCACCCACGGGCGGCAGCACUCCUGCGUCUUCAUCUGCGUAGCCGUCUUCAUCCUAGCUAUGUUUUUCCUCUUUUUCCACGAAAUUUUAAAUACCCACAAGUCAGAAGCUACGUUAGAGCUACCCAAGCUGAACAUCCGACCCACAGUGAUGUCCUUACCACCUGGAUCAGUGCCUGAUCCACCGACCACGCCAAUCCCCGAUCAUUCUAGAAAUUUUGAGAACGAUACGCAAACGGAACACGGAGAUGACCUCGAAGACCUGGGGGAAGAGGACCCGAUUACCUUUGUGACCCCCAUCAAGGUCUACAACUACAGUCUGAGCGAAGAUGAUCUUAUUUACGAAUCGAAGCGAAACAAUGAUAUCAACAGUUUUCUGAAGGACCCUUCCGCGGCCUUCAGCAUGACCGGUACGUUCCGGAGCAGGACCAACCAGAUCUGGGACCCGCAUCCGGAAUACAACCUGAACGUUUUCGGCCACCUGCUGCAUCUGGUGUUGCGUCAGGAGGCUCCCUUUGUGGACAACAAUACGAUGCCAGAGAUAAGAAUCCUUAACAAUCCCAAUGAUGGGCUGGACGAUGCCGAGCAGCUGGAGCAGGAACUGGAGCAGGAGCAGGACCAGGAGCAGGGAAUGAACUACGUGGACUGCCACUAUGUGGGACACGUCGAGGGUGAUCCCAACUCGAAGGUGGCAGUCUCUCUUUGCAACGGCAUGACUGGUUAUAUUAAAACGAGUUUCGGGGCCCUGCUCAUUGAGCCGGUGAACCGGACCAGCAGCGACGAGGUCUUGCACCGAGUUUGGCGGCGCUCGAAGCGCCACGCCAGACAGGCUGUCUCCAAGCUGGAGCUGGGUCUGGACGCCCUGGAGCGCCAGGCGAUGGAGCAGACCGAGGCGCGGAAACUCCUCGAACCUCGCCGCCUGACGCGCAGGAAGCGGCACUACAACGAUAUGGACAGCCAGGUGUACACUUUGGAGGUUCUGAUUGCCGUCGACUCUAGCAUGGAGCGCUUCCACAAGGGCGACCUCACCUCCUACAUCAUGAUCCUGCUUUCCAUUGUAUCCAGUAUUUUCGAGGACGCCAGCAUUGGCAAUUCCAUUCGCAUUUCGCUGGUCAACCUCAUCAUGUUGCCGAACAACAACGACCAGCGGCACAACUCCAGCAACGAAAUGCUGAAGCACUUUUGCACCUUCAUCAACCGGAAAGGCUACCACAGGGACACGGCUAUGCUGAUAACCAGAGAACCCAUAUGCGGUGGCAUUCCGGGCAAGGCCUGUCACAUGCUGGGUCUGGCCGAAUUGGGCACGGUGUGCAAUCCCCGCUCUUGCUCCAUUGUCCAGGACACAGGUCUGCCUGCCGCCUUUACCAUGGCCCACGAACUAGGACACAUCCUAAGCAUGCCCCACGACGAUGACAGCCAGUGCAUCCCAUACACCACAAGGCAUUCCAACAACAAGCACAUCAUGUCCAGUGUCAUGGGCAUCCACAUGCAUCCCUGGUCCUGGUCCAAGUGCUCCCAACACUUUGUCUCCGAGUUUCUAGAGAAAUCGGACAAGUCCUGUCUGGACAACACACCGUCCACGUAUAUACCGAACAAGACGCGGCGCCUGCCUGGGGAGAUCUACUCCCUGGACAAUCAGUGUCAGUUGAUUUUCGGCAACUCGAGUGCCCACUGCCCCAAUGACGACGAGUGCCUGCGGCUGUGGUGCAACGGCGCGAACACAAAUCAUAUGGAUCAGUGCCGCUCCAGCAACCUGCCCUGGGCGGACGGCACCCCCUGCGGCUACAGCGAUCACUGGUGUCUGAAGGGCCGGUGUGUGCCGCGCCAGGGUAGCAACCAGCCAAAGGUGAGCGGCGGCUGGGGUCCCUGGUCGGCGUUCACGACCUGCAGCCUCCCCUGUGGUGGAGGAGUGCAGGAGUCGCACCGUGAGUGUGAUAAUCCCAAGCCCGAUGGUGGCAAGUUUUGCGUUGGCAGCCGCAAGAAGUACCGUUCCUGCAACACACACGUCUGCCCACCGGGACACCUCGAUCCCCGCGAGCAGCAGUGCAUGGACAUGAACGGGGUUAACAUGAACAUUCCGGGCAUUGAUCCCAACAACAGAUGGCUUCCCAAGUACGAGAAGGAAAGUUCCAAUCAGUGCAAGCUGUUCUGCCGCUUGGAGAACCGCCAGACGUACUUUAAGCUCCAAAACAAGGUAACGGAUGGAACCUCCUGCACGGUGGACAGCUUGGACAAGUGCGUCAAUGGCAUUUGCAGGCCGGCAGGCUGCGAUAACGAACUCAACUCCAUUGCCAAGCUGGAUAGAUGCGGCGUUUGCGAGGGCCGGAAUGACACAUGCGAAGAGGUAACCGGAAAUCUGUACGUCUCCGAUCUGCCGACCAAUGCCCCCGGAGAGACCCUCCACUAUGUGACGACAAUACCAAAAGGCGCUUCCAACAUCGUCAUCACCCAGCCCGAAUAUCCCGAGCAGAACUUCAUCGCAUUGAGCGAUCAAAAGGGCAAUAAGGGCCAAGACCUACUGAACAUCAAAAAGUUAAAGUCAUUUGCGGUUAAAAUCAUUUAUGCUGGAGUCACCUUCGACUACAAUGGCUCCCACCGACCCGUAGAGCGAGUGAACACAACCUACUCAUGGAAGCUGACCCGAGAUCUAAUAGUCCAGAUCGUUUCGUUUGGAUUGAGUAAGGCGAUGGACCCCAAUGCACUGCUCAUCACAUACACCUACACCAUCGACAAGCCGACCAUUCCCGAGGCGGAGGUGGAGAUCUACAGGUGGGAGAUGCAGGCGUGGAGCAACUGCGAUGCCCUCUGCGAUGGCAGAAAGUAUCGUCAGCCGGCCUGCGUCAGCACUGUCCAGGGAUUGAAGGUGGCGCCACAGUUUUGCGAAAUGUUUGCCAAACCGAAGAUGGAGCAGCGACCCUGCAACACGGAAUGCCGACUAGAACUCAAUGUGACGAGCAUUUCGGAGUGCUCCGCCGCGUGUGGAGAGCAGGGUGUGCGCGAGAAGACCUUCAACUGCGUUCAGAUAUACCCCGAUAUUCGGCGUUCCAAUAUUGUGGAUAUGUCAUAUUGUGAACUCAAGUUUGAUAUCAAUCGUCACGAACAGUGCCGGGAGGGUUGCUGGCAACUUUCGGAGUGGUCACAAUGCUCCAAGUCCUGUGGCACUGGCUCUAAACAACGUGAGGUUCACUGUGUCAUGCACGGCUCCCGGGUGAAUGAGGAUGUCUGCAAUCCCCGAACGAAGCCCCAAAUAAGUGCCCUAAUAAACAUCUGCAACAUGGAUCCCUGCCCAAGCUACACGGAACCGACGAACGCAGUGGCAGUUAGUAACUGGGUUAUUGGAGAGUGGGGCGAGUGCAGCGAGUGGUGCGAGAAGAAGCGAACUGUGAGCUGCUCGAAUCCCUAUGGCAUUGGGUGCGGAAACAGGAAACCAAAGGACGUGAGAAAGUGUUGUCACAUUAAGUACACCAGCGAAUGGAGUCAGUGCUCGGUUCAGUGCGGCGAGGGCAAGAAGAGGAAACUCCAACGGUGCACCCGGGUCUACAAACCGGAUGUGCCUGGCACGCCCAAGCGACGUGUCUACAUCAACGACUCGUACUGCGUGAGCCGCAAGGUAAGACGACCCACCCUGCGCACCACCGCCAAGUCUUGCUACAUCAACUGCAAGUGGAUAGCCUCGGACUGGACCCGUUGCCCGGCAGACUGCUCCGAUGAAUACCAGACACGCUAUGUUCAUUGCGAGUCAUCGCAAGGCAAGAGCCUGGAGGAAGGACACUGCGAUGCCAAGAAGCGGCCGAGCAAGCGACGCAUCUGCAACAAUUGCGUGCGAAGGCAAUCGAAGGUAGUCUCACAGUGCAACUGCGAUGGCUACGAGAAGCGCAGGGACUUCUGCUAUGACUCCCGAAUGGUACGCAUUGGCUGCCCCACCCGCUCACGAAUCGAGAGGCACAGAUGCUCACCGCCACCCAGUUGCCGCAAACGCAGCGCUGUCCGAAGCAUGAGCAGCAUGACGAGCACCAACAGCAUUAGCAGUAGUCCCAGUUUACGGACCCCACGAAGACCUCAGAGCUGUGCUCAGCUCAGGGAGAUGCACGGCGUAUACAAGGACGGAGAGUUCGAGCUGGAGCUGCGAUCUCGGACCGUGCGCAUCUACUGCCAUGACAUGGCCAGUCGAACUCCCAAGGAAUAUAUCACGGUCGAUCCGCAGGAGAACUAUUCCAUCUACUACGAGUACCGAUCUAAUUUGACCAACAGCUGCCCGCCUGUGUCGCGGGCAUAUGAGUAUUACAACGACCAGAACUCGGGUCGAACGAACUUCCGUAAAUUGCGACUCAAUGUCACGGAUCUUCGGGUUGUCGACAAUGAUUUCCAAUUUGCCGAUUCCCGGGGACAGGCUCAGAAUCUGGGCUCGGCGGGGGAUUGUUACAACCGUAACGGUCGGUGCCCACAGGGAGAUUUUUCCAUCAAUCUUGAGCGGACUGGAUUCACGAUACGGCCAGGGACUCAGUGGAGAACGCAUGGCCAGUAUGCGGUAAUGAAAAGGAUAAGCGAGUUUGAAACCACUGCCGUGUCUCGGAGAGCCUUCUGCGGUGGAUAUUGUGGUGGUUGCUACAUUGCAACCAACUCUGGUCUUUACUUAGACGUAAUGCCUUUACUUAGACGUACUGCCUGACAUUCAUAGGUUAACCUUCCCAACGGUAAUCGGGUCUACGUCCCGGGAAGGACGAAGGGCAAGGGCCUAACCAAGCAUUACCAACUACAAUCCGUCGUCAAGCCAGGGGCAGCAAUCAGUACCACCACAGCCACCUAAACCACCAAACCAUUUGAAGUCGCAACCACUGACGACAGUCACAAGUAUUCUCGAAUAUUAGUUAGGAUAUGCAUCCCAAUACGAUCCCUUGGAGAUCGUCUCAAGGAAAUCUGAACAAAAUCGAUAAAUGCAAUAAGUAUAUAGACGGAUGUAGGGGAAUCGGUAACUCACGUGUACAUAUAAUAUUACGUCAUUCGAAAUUAGUAACCACUAUUGCCAUGUAUUGUAUUAAGAAUUGUAAAUACCAGAAGCAGGUUUUAGCUAUAAAUGUAGCGGAUAAGAUUGAUUUUACCAAAAUGCAAUUCAUAAGUCGGUGGUAAGAGUAGUGCCAGUCCGAUGAGCCCGUCUUUACGCUUAUGAUUAUCAGUGAUGGGUAAUUUCCCUCCUUUUGUAUGAAUUUUGUUCAAUCUUCUUUCUUUAGGAGUAUUCCGAACGAGUAGACCAAAAUUUUAAACUUAGCUUUCAACUUUUCUAAGUAUAUACGAAUUUUAUUUUAAUUUAAACUCUCCCUACACUGGCGAUUCCCAAAAAAGAGUUAGGAAAUCAGUCUUCGGAUAGUGUCGAAGUUUUGUACCCCUACAGUUUAAAUGCAUUAACUUUUGUAAAAUAACCUUAACAUCCAAUAAGGCAGUAUCCAUUUUGAACGAAUUUGACCCGAUCGUUGUAGUGGUAGCCCCUGGAUGAAGUCUUCCAAUUUGUAUCUAAUUGUAAGGUCAGUAUCACAUUAUUAGAGAUCCUGACCUCUAAGAACUUUGUAGGGGUAUGAAGAAACCAAAACGAUUAAAAACUAGUGCAAUGCCGGUCUGUACAAUAGCUGUAAUACAUAAGCAUCGUAUUAAAUUUAAGUUAUAAGCAUUAAACAUCAAUAGAUAUUCUAUGUGUAUGUGCUUCGUAUGGUAACUAAAACAAAUACUCAUAUCAGUUAGGCUACAUCCACCCAAAUGGCACCAGCCCACACCAAAUUAUAUAUCGAAUUAACAAUGCUGAACGAACAUUUUCAAUAAGAAAAAGUCACUGCCACCCUUUGAAUGUUCAAUCUCCAUCAUAUCCUCGCUGUAUUUUCAUUUUAUAACCUAAGCCAAUCUAAAAAUGUUAA